AUGGUAGUUAAUUCUACGAAGGAAGCAACUCCGUUGCUAAGCAACAGAACAGAGCAAAAUAUCGAAGAGAAAAAGAAAAAUACCUUUUCUCGCUGGCGGGAGGACGACGUCGAUGAUAUAAGUAGCAGUAACGUGUCGCAAUUUUUGAAGCGGCGGCGCAAUUCGACGCAGCGCCAGAUGUUGUGUAUGCAGUUCAGUCUAUUGCUUUUGCUAGCUCUAGAUUUGGCUAGUCUACUUGUGAUUUGCAGCUUUGGACUUGGAAAAUCUGCUUUCACACAUCUCAAGUGGCUCAUCGACACUCAAAAGCCUCAAUGGCGCUAUUGGGGAUUACCCGUCUGGGCCACCGUAACGAAGAGUGUGCUCUUUCUACUUGCUACACGCUGGCCUGACGCACGAGCUAUCACGUGGCUUGUAAAAAUUUUCUGCCUUGCUUUUUUGUGUAUCUUAGCAAUGGACGCUUUCAAGCUAGAUGCAAUUUCCCGUUUUGAUGAAGAAAGACAAGCUCUCGUGGACGCUAAUGUGGCAAACUCGUUGCCAUUGAUCUUCACAGUCCUUGAAUUAGUCAAUUUGAACUAUUUAUUAGACUCGAUUCAAACUCCCCCAGCAAAUGGUGAAGCGCUCCCUCAAGUGACUGACAAACCAGUGGAGUUUACAAGAUCGCGUGGGAUUUCUUUAGUGAAGCUCGUUAUUAUCUUAAAACCGUACUUUUGGCCAAAUGGAUUUACUAACCGUCUGCGUGCAAUGAGUACUUAUGGUGUACUUGUUCUAAGUAAGCUGGCAAAUUUGGCAGCUCCACUUUUGAUGGCUUCUGCGACGAACGCUUUGGUGGCAAAAGAUGCUGGUAAAGCGAUUACGGAUCUCGCCAUUUUUAGCUCUUUGACACUGAUUUCAAAGCUGUUUAAAGAAUUACAAUCACUUAUUUAUCUUAAAGUAAAACAAACAGCGUACAUUGAACUGGCAACAUUGACGUACGAGCAUGUCCAGUCACUCCCGUACGAUUGGCAUGUGCAAAAGAAACUGGGAGAUGUACUCCGAUCAAUGGAUCGUGGUGUGGAGUCGGCAAACAAUGUCGUAUCGUACGUAUUUUUAUAUUUGAUUCCGACAUUAGCUGAAUCGGGCGUUGUGAUUGUGAUCUUUGCUAUGCAUUUUGAAUUGGCUGGAUUGAGUUUUGUGGCAUUCAGUAGUUUAGUUCUAUACGCGUAUUUUACCAUCAAAAUUACGUUAUGGCGUAAGAAGUAUCGGGAAGGAUCGAUGCGCCAUGAUAAUGAGUAUCAUGACAAGGCUACAGAUGCAUUGCUUAAUUACGAAACGAUCAAAUACUUUGGCAAUGAACGUCACGAAAUCGAGGAAUAUACAAAAAUAAUUGAAAAAUACCAGCGCUAUUCGAUGUCUACGCAAGCGUCGCUCAGUGUACUUAAUAGUACCCAGUCCAUCAUCAUUCAAGGCACGGUUUUGCUGUCAUUAGCUUUGGCAGUUCCACAUGUUGUCAGCAAAGAUAGUGGACGUAAAAUUGAUAUUGGAGCUUUUGUCGCCAUCUCGGUCUACCUGACAAACCUGUUUGCACCACUUUUUUUUCUUGGUGGGAUUUACAAUAUGGUAAUCAACUCGGUGGUUGAUAUGAAGAAACUUAGCGAGUUAUUGUCGGUCGAGUCUGAUAUUGUUGACUCACCAGAUGCAGUGCAACUUGAGCUAAGCAAAGAAAACAUGGAGAACGGUAUUGACGUCAAGUUUCGCCAAGUUUCGUUCCAUUACCCGUCCCAACCAGCCUCUACAGGUGUUAAGGACUUGACUUUCACUAUUCCACCUGGUACCACUACUGCUCUCGUUGGAGAAACUGGUGCUGGUAAAACCACAAUCGCGCGGCUGCUUUUUCGAUUUUACGAAUGCAACGCUGGUAGCAUCUUGGUUAAUGGUCACAACAUCGCGACAGUCACGCAGCAAUCGUUGCGUAAGGCUAUUGGAAUAGUUCCACAGGACACGGUGCUAUUUAAUGAUACUAUUCUUUGCAAUAUCAAAUAUGGCAACUUAAAUGCUACGUUUGACGAGGUCGUUGAGGCUGCAAAGGCUGCCCGCAUUUACGACUUUAUCAUGAAGCUUCCAGAUCAAUGGAACACUAAGGUUGGUGAGCGUGGACUGAAGCUUUCAGGAGGUGAAAAGCAGCGAGUUGCCAUCGCACGUACGCUGUUGAAAGACCCACCCUUAGUCAUAUUGGACGAAGCUACUUCAGCACUUGAUACACUCAUGGAACAAGAGAUUCAAGCUGCCCUCAACCGUCUUAAAGCGAACCGAACCAUGCUGGUCAUUGCUCAUCGUCUUUCGACGAUUCGAAAUGCACACCAAAUCAUUGUUAUGCAGAAUGGGGUCAUCGUUGAACGUGGCACGCAUGACAAGCUCGUAAAUGAGGCCAGUAGCAUUUAUGCUAGAAUGUGGAAUGCCCAGCGUAAGCAAGAAGGGGAAAUGUCGCCGGCCAGGAAACUAUUGGAGGGUUGA